AUGCCAUCGGACGAUACUUCACUCAAACCUAGUUGGGCAGACGAAGUAGAUGAAUUUGAUCUACUUCCACUUGAGACCUUUACUGAUGAGAAUGGUAUUAAAACAAUUAUUGAAAUUAAAACAAAUGACGAUGGAAAAAAAGUGAAAGUUACUCGAAAAAUCAAGAAAACAUUAAUAACAGAAUAUGUUAACAAGGCAGCAGCUGAGAGAAAAAAAUGGGUUAAAUUUGGUGAUGAACGUGGUAAAAAAGUUGGUCCAGAUCUCAGUACCACAAGCAUUGGGGAACAGAUAUAUUUAAAACUUUCGUCCACUGGAAAGCAACAUACCGAAAAUGUGGAAGAUCAUGAUGCAAGCAAAAAGAAACAAUUAUUGUUAGGAAAAAAAAUUCUUUGUCGUAUGUGCAAAGGUGACCAUUUCACAACAAAAUGUCCAUACAAAGAUACACUUCAACCAUUAGAAGAACUUAGUACAGCUCUUCAAGAAACCACAAAAGAAACUCAACCAUCUACGGAACCAAUACAGGCUGAUUCUUCUACCGGUGGAAAAUAUGUUCCACCUGGUAUGAGAAUUGGUGCAACAAAACCUUCUGGAGAUUCUUACAAAGAGAGAAGAGAUGAUUCUACUAUUCGUGUUACCAAUUUAUCGGAAGAUACAACAGAUUCAGAUAUACACGAUCUAUUCUGUAGAUUUGGUAGUAUUUCUCGUAUAUAUCUUGCUCGAGAUCGUGAGACCAAUGUUUGUAAGGGGUUCGCUUUUGUCAGUUUUGUAAUUCGCGAUGAUGCUUCAAAAGCAUUACAAGCUAUUAAUGGAUAUGGUUAUGAUAAUUUAAUUCUUCGGGUUGAAUGGGCUAAAUCGUCAACUUAA